UGUUGUUUCUGUUUUUGAUAGUUUCAAAUCGUUAGCAAACUUUUGGCCUGUGACUGUACGACUAUUCGAUGACAAAAACUUCUUGUUUUUUAUAUAUUGACGUGCUGAUUUGAGAAUGCAGCCAAUAAGUUCACUGAACCCGGUAAAAGUCAAAGAUGGUCUUCUUUUUUGGUACUCUAAAAACAUCUAACUUCAAUUGUCAUUAUUGUCAACACGCAGAAUUUCGAUUUGUUUCCAUUUUCAUUUGCACUCAUUCUCAAUAUUCUCAUAGAUAAAUUAAUAUUAAUUUAACUAUCCUCAUGCCUCUCCUUUAGUUUUUCUAUGUCCGUUCCACUAUUUUUAGAUUAGACAAAUCGUUUGGAUAUCUAAAGCUUGUUUGUAUAGAAUUUUCUUAUAGUAUUAUAAAUAAAAAAUUGUGAAAAUCCUACAAGAUGUAUGAACAGGAAGACGAUCAAUUUGACGAUGAAGACACCGAAGAAAUCAGUGCGGAACUUUGGCAAGAAGCCUGCUGGAUAGUCAUUAAUGCAUAUUUCGACGAAAAAGGUUUGGUACGGCAACAGCUCGACAGUUUCGAUGAGUUCAUUCAAAUGUCCGUACAAAGAAUCGUGGAAGAUUCUCCACAAAUCGAUCUACAAGCAGAAGCGCAACACACGUCAGGCGAAAUUGAAAAUCCUCCCAGGUAUUUGUUAAAAUUUGAGCAGAUUUACUUGUCGAAACCUACACAUUGGGAAAAAGACGGUGCACCGUCGCCUAUGAUGCCUAAUGAGGCUCGAUUGAGAAACUUGACCUAUUCAGCACCUUUGUAUGUUGAUAUAACAAAAACUAUUGUGAAAGAGGGCGAAGAGCCUAUUGAAACGCAGCAUCAGAAAACAUUUAUAGGAAAAAUCCCUAUUAUGUUACGUUCCACGUAUUGCCUUCUCAGCGGUCUAACGGAUCGAGAUUUGACAGAAUUGAACGAAUGUCCCCUAGAUCCUGGGGGUUAUUUCAUAAUAAACGGUUCAGAAAAAGUACUCAUUGCGCAAGAAAAAAUGGCCACCAAUACUGUAUACGUAUUCGCGAUGAAAGAUGGCAAAUACGCUUACAAAUCUGAAAUUAGAUCUUGUCUUGAGCACAGUUCCAGACCGACUUCAACUCUUUGGGUUAACAUGAUGGCCAGAGGUGGGCAGGCAAUUAAAAAAGCAGCUAUAGGUCAACGUAUUAUCGCCAUUCUUCCUUACAUCAAACAAGAAAUACCUAUAAUGAUUGUAUUCAGGGCGCUAGGGUUUGUAGCAGACAGAGAUAUAUUAGAGCACAUUAUUUACGACUUUGAUGACCCAGAAUUGAUGGAAAUGGUGAAGCCAUCUUUAGAUGAAGCUUUUGUUAUCCAGGAGCAAAACAUUGCUUUGAAUUUUAUUGGAGCAAGAGGUGCUAGACCCGGUGUCACCAAAGAGAAACGUGUCAAAUAUGCUAGAGAAAUUUUGCAGAAGGAAAUGUUACCCCACGUGGGUGUCUCAGAUUUUUGCGAGACUAAGAAGGCUUAUUUUUUGGGGUACAUGGUUAAUAGACUUCUUCUAGCAGCCCUCGGUCGCCGUGAAUUAGACGACCGUGAUCACUACGGUAAUAAGAGAUUAGAUUUGGCUGGACCACUAUUGGCAUUCCUGUUCCGAGGUUUAUUCAAAAAUCUGAUGAAAGAAGUCAGAAUGUACGCGCAAAAAUUCAUCGACAGAGGCAAAGAUUUUAAUCUGGAUUUGGCCAUCAAAACCAAACUGAUUACAGACGGUUUGAGAUACUCUUUGGCUACUGGUAAUUGGGGCGAUCAAAAGAAAGCCCAUCAAGCUAGAGCCGGAGUAUCCCAAGUAUUGAACAGACUGACGUUCGCUUCGACAUUGUCGCAUUUGAGACGUGUCAACUCGCCUAUCGGUCGAGAUGGAAAGUUAGCCAAGCCGCGUCAGUUGCACAACACAUUGUGGGGCAUGAUCUGUCCGGCAGAGACGCCCGAAGGGGCCGCUGUAGGUUUGGUGAAGAAUCUCGCGCUGAUGGCUUACAUUUCUGUGGGUUCCCAACCGUCGCCCAUUUUGGAGUUUUUGGAGGAGUGGUCUAUGGAAAAUUUGGAAGAAAUUGCACCGUCCGCUAUCGCAAACGCUACCAAGAUAUUUGUAAAUGGUUGCUGGGUCGGCAUCCACCGAGACCCCGAACAACUCAUGGCCACUCUCCGUAAGCUUCGUAGACAGAUGGACAUUAUCGUAUCAGAGGUAUCCAUGAUUAGAGAUAUUCGUGAUAGGGAGAUCAGGAUUUAUACGGACGCCGGGAGGAUUUGUAGGCCGCUUUUGAUCGUCGAAAAUGGCCAGCUUCUUCUCAAAAAGAGACACGUCGAUAUGUUGAAAGAAAGAGAAUACAAUAAUUACGGGUGGCAGGUGCUGGUAGCUUCUGGCGUGGUGGAAUAUAUCGACACCCUAGAAGAGGAAACUGUGAUGAUCGCUAUGAACCCUGAAGAUUUACGUCAAGACAAAGAGUACGCCUACUGUACCACCUACACUCACUGUGAAAUUCAUCCGGCUAUGAUCCUGGGCGUUUGCGCGUCAAUUAUACCGUUCCCCGAUCACAACCAGAGUCCCAGGAACACUUAUCAAAGCGCUAUGGGUAAACAAGCCAUGGGCGUGUACAUAACUAACUUCCACGUUCGAAUGGACACUCUGGCUCACGUGUUGUACUAUCCACACAAACCGCUGGUCACUACUAGAUCCAUGGAGUAUCUCCGGUUCAGAGAAUUGCCGGCUGGAAUUAACAGCAUUGUAGCUAUCGCUUGUUAUACUGGGUACAAUCAGGAAGAUUCUGUCAUUUUGAAUUCCUCUGCUGUUGAGCGUGGAUUCUUUAGAUCUGUGUUCUACCGUUCAUACAAAGAUGCAGAAUCAAAAAGAAUAGGAGAUCAAGAAGAACAAUUCGAAAAACCCACAAGGCAAACCUGUCAAGGCAUGAGAAACGCCCUCUAUGAUAAAUUAGACGACGACGGCAUCAUCUCGCCUGGCAUUCGUGUCUCAGGAGACGACGUAGUUAUCGGAAAAACGAUGACGUUGCCAGAAAACGACGAUGAGUUGGACGGCACCACAAAACGUUAUUCCAAAAGAGACGCUUCCACUUUCCUGCGUAACAGUGAAACUGGAGUCGUCGAUCAGGUUAUGUUGACCUUAAAUUCCGAGGGAUACAAGUUUUGCAAAAUUAGAGUGCGUUCCGUUAGAAUACCACAGAUUGGUGAUAAGUUCGCUUCCAGACACGGACAGAAGGGUACCUGUGGAAUUCAGUACCGACAAGAAGAUAUGAUUUUCAGCUGCGAAGGGAUCGCGCCCGACAUCGUCAUCAACCCGCACGCUAUUCCAUCCCGUAUGACAAUUGGUCACUUGAUCGAGUGCAUCCAGGGCAAAGUAUCGUCCAACAAGGGCGAAAUCGGGGAUGCUACUCCCUUCAACGACGCUGUCAAUGUACAGAAGAUCUCUACCCUCCUCCAGGAAUAUGGCUACCAACUCAGAGGCAACGAGGUCAUGUACAGCGGACAUACAGGAAGGAAGAUCAAUGCCCAGAUCUUCUUGGGUCCUACCUACUAUCAGAGAUUGAAGCACAUGGUGGACGAUAAGAUCCAUUCCAGAGCCAGAGGGCCAUUGCAGAUUCUCGUCAGACAGCCUAUGGAGGGUCGUGCUAGAGACGGGGGUUUGCGUUUUGGAGAGAUGGAGCGUGAUUGUCAAAUAUCCCACGGUGCUGCUCAGUUUCUCAGAGAAAGAUUGUUCGAGGUGUCUGAUCCAUACAGGAUCCAUGUUUGCAAUUUCUGUGGGUUGAUAGCGAUAGCGAAUAUGAGGAAUAACACAUUUGAGUGCAAGGGAUGCAAGAAUAAGACGCAGAUAUCGCAGGUGCGAUUGCCGUAUGCUGCGAAAUUGCUGUUCCAAGAACUGAUGUCAAUGAAUAUCGCUCCGAGGCUUAUGGUUUUAGGUUAAAUUUUUUUCAUUAAUUAUUAGUGUAUAAGAGUGAUGUAAAAAGUAUUUUAUAUUUUAAAUAAAGUGAUAAAAUUACUGU